CCUCCCGGACCUCCGACGUUACCCUUAUUGGGAAAUUUGCAUCUUAUGCCCACCAAAAAACCACACAUCCAGUUUCAGAAAUGGGCAAAGGAAUAUGGACCGAUAUAUUCACUAGUUGUCGGAACGAAGACAAUGAUUGUUCUUUCAUCGGACGUUGUUGUCAAAGACCUGCUGGACAAGAAGGGCGGCAUCUAUUCGGACCGACCCGACAUGUUUAUUGGGCAGAAGAUUGCCAGCGGUGAUCUCAGACUCGUGGUCAUGGUAAGCAGUCACGGAGCAGUCAGAUACGGCGAAAAUUGGCGAAUGAUUCAUCGCAUGGUUCACAAUAUCCUGAAUAUCAAGGCCGCGAUAACGUACGUCCCGUAUCAGGACCUGGAAAACAAGAUAUUCCUCGCCAAUUUGUUAGACACCCCAAACGACCUCCUAUACCAUCUGCGACGGUUUACGUACUCCCUGUCGACCCAAAUGAUAUUCGGGUAUCGCUGCACAGACAACAAGGACCCGAAUCUCCUACAACUUUUCGAGUCCUUUGAUAAAUGGGGGAAGCUAGCAGGAAGUUCCAGUGCACAGCUUGCAGAUCUCUACCCAAUCAUGCAGAAACUUCCAGAGUUCAUGGCGCCAAACGUUCGCUACGCGAGAAAUUUACACAAAAUUGAAAAGAAGAAUUACGUCCAUCAUUGGAUGAAGGCAAAGAAGGCACUCGAUGCUGGCACUGGUCUGGCAUGUCCCAAUUCCCCAUGCUUCUGCAAUGACAUUUACAGGGCCCAAACAGUUGAAAAGUUCUCCGAUGACGCUGCAGCAUACAUCAGCGGCUCACUUCUUGAAGCAGGAUCCGAUACCACAUCAGGGACUCUCUAUGGCUAUAUCUUAGCGCUUCUUGUUUGGCCAGAUGUGCAAACGAGGGUCCAGGAGGAAAUCGAUCGUGUCGUGGGUCCUGAUCGGUUGCCUACAAUUGAUGACUACGAAAAUCUCCCAUUUGUCCGUUGCUGCAUCAAGGAGAGUCUACGGUGGAUGCCAACAGUAUUCCUUGGUGUGCCGCACUCAGUGAUCAAAGACGACACCUACAAAGGCUACACUAUCCCCAAGGGCGCUUCUGUGAUUAACAAUGUCUGGGCGAUUCACAUGGACCCAGAACGGCAUCCAGACCCACGAGUCUUCAACCCAGACAGAUACAAAGAUGACCACACCACUCUAUAUCAAUCAGCGGUUGGUGACACAAAGAAACGCGACAACUUCGUUUUCGGGGCUGGGCGUCGUCUCUGUCAAGGUAUCCAUAUCGCUGAAAGAUCCCUUUUCUUGGGAGUCUCUCGACUCGCGUGGGGCUUUACAUUCACUCCCGCGAAAGACAGCGAAGGAAACCCCGCUCAGUACGACAUCGAGGACUUGGUUGGUGGGAUCACCGUGACACCUGCUGAGUAUCCGGUGAUUAUCACUCCCAGAAGCAAGGCAAAGGCAGUGAUCAUGCGCCAGGAGGCAGAGGACUGUGAAAAAGUCCUAGAUCCUGUGACCAAGCAGUGGAAAGCGAUUCCCAAAGGUAUGGCAUUUAGCACUUGGAUGCCAGAGAAGAUUGAUGUUUGA